GUACUGGUUGUUCUGGUAAGCUCACACCUGUUGACGACCACCAUGUUUGUACCGAUCGUCCUGGCAGUCGUCUGCCUUGCCAGCAGCACGGUCUUGGCUGCAACUGACAAACCAUUCUAUGACGUGGAAGACGCUGAGAACUUGUUCGAGACUUUUCUCCAAGAGUACAAUAAAGUAUACAAAAACCGGAGGGAGUAUUACGAAAGGCUUGACAAUUUCAAGAAAACCUUGAAGGAAAUAAAUGAACGGAAUGCCAAAUUUCCUGAUACUGUGUUCGCAUUGAACCACUUUGCUGACUUAUACCCUGAAGAGCUGCAGCAAUAUUUAGGCUUCAAACUUCCAGAAAAUAUGACGGGUGUAGUACUCCCUAAUGGGCCGACUCCGACGGAAGACCACUUUGACUGGAGGGACAAGGAUGCUGUUACACAUGUUAAGGACCAAGGAAAAUGUGGUAGUUGCUUCAUCUUCAGCGCUGUUGGUGAUAUUGAAGGGCAGUACGCCAUCAAACACAAGCAAUGCUUAGCUUUCUCUGAAGGGCAGGCUCUCGACUGCCUCGACUCGGGAACAUGCAACGGAGGUUGGAUGCACUGGAUUAUGCAGGAACUGGCUCAAACAAAUAAAAAAUUGGAAAAAGACUCAGACUAUCCCUAUAAAGCUAAAAAAAGAACUUGCACUGAAGACCCCAGUAAGGGAGUAGUGCUAGUAACAGGUGGCGACCCGAUCAAAAUCGCCGAUGAAGAAGAAUUGAAGAACAAAUUGGUAAAUUUAGGACCUCUAGCAGUGGCUCUAAAUGCUAAUGACUUCCAAUUUUAUCAUAAAGGCAUACUAGAACCAAAAAAUUGCAAGGGGCAAGAUCCUAACCAUGGCGUGCUCUUGGUCGGCUAUGGAGAAGAAAAAGGCAAGAAGUUCUGGAUCAUUAAAAACUCUUGGGGCACCGGUUGGGGACUAAAAGGCUACGUGAAACUGUUGCGAGGAGUCGACGCUUGCGGCAUGGGCACCAGCUACACCGCCCACUCCCAAGUGGCUUAGAGUCUGCCAUCACCCGCAGCCGUUCACAUCACCGUGUAUUCUUGGAUUGCAUCUCGCACCGCUGGCUCGCUUAACAUUAAACCUUCAUUAUGGCUUAUCGAUUUAAAUUCCUUUCUCAAUGUAAAACUACAAAUUUCACUUGAUUUGAUUUAAAUUCUCUCUCUCUAAAAUAAAAUUGGUAGAUGCGUUUGAAUUAAA